UAUCCAAGCUCUUUAUUGUUCUACCAAAUCGGGCCACCCACGUCUGAGCGUCAGCAUCAGCAUCGCUUCCGAACGGACGCAAGAAACAGCGGCGGCGGCAGCAGCCAAGGUCGAGUUUUCGGCUGUUUCUGAUCGAGCAUUCGCUGGUUGCGUGUCUGCGCGACCGGGUACGAGGAAGACCCAUUUGAGGUUUCUCCGUGAUCUUCAUCGUGGAAGGAGUUCCUGACUGAGUCUUGUUGGAAUCUGCCUCUUUGGAGUCGGAGAAGGGUAGGUUCCAUGGCUUCGUUCUCCUCCGGGGAUGGCCAGGAAGAUCAGGUUUUGGUGGAGGAGAAGUCCUUUGUGAGGGCACUCGUACUAAACAGACCCAAGCAACUGAAUGCUCUUUCUUACGAUAUGAUAUCUCGGUUAUUGGAACUUUUCCUUGUUUAUGAGAAGGAUUCUAAUGUGAAGUUGGUAAUCUUAAAGGGAAAAGGAAGAGCUUUUUGUGCCGGUGUGGUGAUGUUGCAGCUGUUGUGCAUGAUAUCAACAAUGGAAAUUGGAAGUCGGGUGAAAUCUUCUUUCGGAAGGAGUUCACUUUAAAUUAUCUGAUGGCAACAUACAGUAGACCUCAGGUUUCAAUCUUGGAUGGCAUUGUCAUGGGAGGAGGGGCUGGUUGUUCCAUACACGGUAGUUUUCGCGUGGCGACAGAGAAUUCGGUUUUUGCUAUGCCUGAAACAGCUCUGGGUCUCUUUCCAGACAUAGGUGCCUCGUAUUUCCUGUCAAGGGUCCCGGGACAUUUUGGUAAUGGCCAGUGAUAGAAAAAGGCACUUUAUCUUCUAUCUAGUUUUAUGAGUCGAUAUUAACUGAAGAUUAAAAGUUUCUAACUUCUGGAAGUAUGUCAAUAUAUUUAUUGGGUAGAGGUUCAGUUGUUAAUGCUGUCAGGAGCAUUCUACUGGUAGUGCUUGUGGAAGUGCUAGUCUGUAGUGUACUAUGGAUGACUUAGAAAAUGUAGGCGACAACCAACACAUUUGAGUUCCUGAAUCAAUAUAUCAUAAGCUGGUGGGCUUCCAUCUUAUAUUCUGCAAUAUGGCAAAUUUGCUACCAUGUUAAUUUGGGAUUUAGGAAGCAUAUUCUUCGGAAGAUUGGGAAACAUGAGCUAAGGAAUAAUUUCCUCAAAACGUAUGUCGAGAGGACAAACAGUGCAAUCGAUGGAGCGACAAAUGAUGCAUAAUAGUGAUUAUAUGGCUAGAUGAUGCGAUUUAAUGAAAUGCAGGGUUGACAUACUUUAGUGACUGUCCACCUUUUACACUUUGAUUAUCACCUGCAGGGUGAUGAGAAGAAAACAACAUUCUUUCUCGUGUUUUGGGUUGAACAUUGGUUUCAGUUGCUUCUGUUUGGAAGAUGGAUAAAUUCCGAGCUGGAAUAUACACAUUACUUCUUUUUCUUCUUUUUCUCCUUUCAAACAGAAAAAUGAAUCACACAAGUGCGACUGCAUUCACUUUUUGGAGUUCUGCUGGCACUUUAUUUGUGGCAUUGGGAUCUCGACAUUAAAAAUCAUUACUCGACUGGGAAACCGAGUUUUUUUCUUUCAUUUUGCCUCAGAUCACCUAUGGAAUGUAUAUCAUGACAACUGUAUGCUUGAUUUAAAUUUUAGAGGUGCAGGCAUAUGCCUAGGACGCCAUCUUCUCUCUCAGUGUCUCUGACCUGGAUAAUGGCUGCCAGUAUCAAUUAAAAUGUAGAGAAUAAGAAUUAAUUUAAAGACCUGCGAUGGAUAGAUGAACAGAGUAAUAGCUAAAAUUCAUAGUAGGGUUGAGAAGUCUUAGUAGCUCGAGGAAGCGCGAGCCGGUGAUAAAUUGAAUUGGUUUCUGGUAGAAGAGAUGCUCUCGGUGAUAAAUUGAAUUGGUUUCUAGUAGAAGAGAUGCUCUCGGUGAUAAAUUGAAUUGGUUUCUGGUCGAAGAGAUGGAGAGCUCGUUUACGUAUUAUUCGCUUGAAAUGACCAUGUAUGGAGAUUUCCGACUCUUAGACUCAGUAAUUUCAAAAUUUUCUUCAGGUUUUCCAAUUAAUGUCAGCAUGAAAUUCGGUUUUUGAUUGUUGGUUUUCUUUUAGUAUGCUUAGCUGAUUGCGUCGGACACCGACGGAUUGAUUGACUUGAUAAUGUUUGACGCUUAAUUUGCAGAUAAAGCCCAAUCCUACUUCUCCCGUGGAUCGCUUUCUCUCUCGCCGUCAUCUUCUCUCGCUCAUCCCUUGCCUUGAGCUCAUAGAUAUCCCUGAGGAAUGUAUUAUUUGCUCUUGGAUCGAGAUGAAUUGGCUGUUAAAUUCUGGAGUUCGUAGAAGUUUUUCAGUCUUGAGCUUACAUGGUAAGCUGUAGCUUGAGGCUUUUGCCCCGAGUACUUAAGAACAGUCCUGACACUCAGAAAUAUGAUAAAGAACAGAAUUCAGUA